AUGGGUGGCGUGCCCUCCCCCCUCAUGUUGCUCCCCAUCAUCCCUCUCAUCAUCCCCUCUUCGUCCCCUCAUUUCCCCCCUUUCUCGCACUCAAAUCCCCCUUUUCUCCGUCUCAUCUACCCCCUUAUCCCUCUCAUUUCUCCCCCUUGCCCCUUUUCAUUCCCCCUAGCCUCCCUCCUCCCCUCACCAUCAUUUCCCCCAUUGCUCCCUCUCAUUUCCCCCCUUCUCCCUCUCAUUUCCGCCCCUUCUCCCUCUCAUUACCCCCCCGUCUCCCCCUCAUUUGCCCCCCUUCUCCCCCCCAUUUCUCCCCCUUCUCCCUCUCAUUGCCCCCUCUUUUCCUUCUCGAAUUCUCCCCUUCUCGCUCUCAAAUCCCCCUUACAUCCCUUUCCCCUCUACUCCCUAUCAUAUCCCCGCUUCUCCCCCUCAUUUCCUACCUCGCUCCAUCUCAAUUCCCUCGUUGCGCACUCUCAGCCCCCCCCCAUUAUUGCCCUCGUUUACUCCCCUUCUCCCUCUCAUUUACCCCUCUGCUCCCCUCAUUUCGCCCCCUACUCCUUCUCACAUCCCACACUUCACCCACUCAUUUUCGCCCCUUCUCCACCACACGUCCCCCCCUUCUCUCUCUCAUUUCCCUUCCUGCUCCUUUCACUACCCCCCCAUAUCCCCCCCAUUUCCCUCCGUCUUCCCCUUCACCCCCCUUUUCUCCCUCCCCUCCCGCCCCCACCCUCUUCUCCCUAUCAUUUCCCCGCUACCCUCCCUCAUUUCCUCCCUCGCUCCAUCUCAAUACCCCCGUUGCUCCCUCUCAGCUGCCCCCCUUCUCCCUCUCAUUUCCCUCUCAAAAUACCCCCUUAA